AUGUUGAGGGCUAAGCGAAUAUUUGCCAUUUCGGCUGUACUAAUUCUUUACCUUAUACUCCAAGUCUGGCACAAGAUCAGCUGCGACAAGCGACUUCGCUUCGACCAUCUGGAACAGAGUAUCAGCAACGCGACGCUGGGGUUCCAAAAGAUCCUAGUCAUCAACCUGCCCUCCCGCACUGACCGCCGCGACGCCAUCUCCCUCGCCGCGGCCCUGACAAACUUCACAGUCGCGUACAUGCCGGGAAUCGACGGCUCAGAGGUGCAGGAACGAGUGCUUCCCACCGAUUCAAGGGAUAAGCACAUAAGAAAGGGGAAUAUUGGUUCUUGGAGGGCACACAUAAAUGCACUUAGGACCAUAGUUGAGCAAGACUUGACCACAGCACUUAUACUCGAGGACGACGUCGACUGGGACGUCCGGCUCAAGUCGCAACUGCAGCUCUUCGCGGCAGCUUCCAGAGCCUACCUACAGCCCCUGAAAAGCAACCCAUCCCAGACGUUAACCCAAGCAGCAGUGGUCGUGCCACUCCCAUCGGCCCCCGACACCCUCCCACCAUCGACAAGCCCGUACGGCGACGGCUGGGAUGUGCUCUGGCUGGGCCACUGCGGCGUCGACACCACCCGCAGGGACCACCACCAGCUCCAAAUCCUCCUGCCCGACGACCCGACGGUCCCCGCGCCGAAGCACCUCAAAGCGCACCCCUUCGCCGCGGAGCCGGACGCGCUCGCGACGCUGCACCCGCCGCACACGCGCGUCGUGCACGCCGCCGCCGGCAACGUCUGCAGCAACGGGUACGCGGUGUCGCGGCGCGGCGCGCGGAGGCUGCUGCACGCGCUGGGGAUCGAGAGCUUCACCACCGGGUUCGACCUGAUGCUGAGGGACUGGUGCGAUCAAGGGGUCAGCGGGGGUGGUGGAGGGGCGGCGGCGGCGGCGGCUGCCGGCAGAGCGUGUCUGACGGUGCAGCCGCCGCUGUUUAGCCACUUUGCGGUUGGGGGAGGAUCGGAUAUCCAGGGUCUAGGGGGCGGGUAUGCCGGACGGAGGAGGGGGUCUGCGUAUGUGAGGUUGAGUGUCUGGCGGAAUUUGGGUGGGUUGAGCGAGGGGAAAGGGGUUGACGAGUUGGUUGAUCAGUGGCCGUCGGGGUGA